GCCCAUGAUUGUUAUGUUCAGGCAAAAUGCAUGAUGUGUAGUAUUAUACUCAAUAGGAUCAAAGGAUGGGAGAGAGAAAUUCUAUAUGGUGUGCCUACAGAGUGCUGGAAGAGCCCAAGCCUUAGCACAAGAUGCAGGUUGGUCGGGAAGCAGUCAAGUUCCUAAGCAACAGUCAGUGCUAGGAAAAGAACAUUCAUCGACAGAUUCAGUAAGACCAGCUCUAAGUCCGUCUCAGGGAAGAAUAGCAAACCAGAAUAAACCCAUAGCAAAUGAGAAGAGGCCAAGUGGAUCCCAGUGUCUACAGUUUGUACCAAGUGCCAACAUCUCCAGGUUAGAAUUGGAUCCAUUAGAGAAAAUGUCUAGGGAAAACCAAAUGUUGAUCACUGCCUACAGAACGCGAAUUGCCAGAACUAAAGGGAUUGCAAGCAAAUAUCAGCUGAGUGUUUCCCUGCAGAGAAGGCUGUCUGAGAAUAUGGCCAUUGCCAAGGCCAAGCAGGAGGAAUUUCUACGAGCCAAACUUGAAAAAAGGGAAAAGUUGCAACAAGAUGCACUGAGGAAGUUUGGGAUAUCUGCUACCAAAGAGGAUGAUGAGAAGAAACAGCUGUAUUUGCAGAUACAGGAGUAUGAGCAGUGUCAGGAGUGGUUGCGAGGCUGGAGACACAAGCUGCAGGAGACUCCAGAGGACACAGUGUUCAUGCAUCAGCUCAUCAAACUCAUCAUCAGCACAAGUGGCCACCCACUAGCACAAAUGCUGCAGAAAUACCAGUAUCUGAUCUACGACAGGCUGCAACCACUUGUCAGUCACCGGUUAGACGAAUGCAGCCACAUCCGUGUCCCAUUCCAUGGACUGAAACCUGGUAGUGCACUGACUCAGUCCAGAGCAGGUCGUAGCUGUCUACACAGUGACGGCGGGCAAGACUCUGUCGUGCCAGCAGUGGUGGAUGACGUCAGUAAUUUGUAUACGAAUGCUGAGCUUGCAACUGGGAACAAGGACGACUUAGCGAAUGCUAUUGAGUCAGCAAGGCAAGAUCUAGAGCAAGCGGCAGCGACUGGUGAAAAUCUGGCAAAGCAGCUUACGCAUGGAAUGAAUGCAGAAGUGGAUGAAGAGGAGACGUUUGAUGAAAAUGAUGUCGAUGAAACAUUAAAAGCAGAUGAUGAUUUGGAUUUGGAGUCGGUGGAAGGAGAAGCUCUGCAACGACACGCUAAAAACAUAAUAAAUGAUGUGCGUCUCUACAUCGACCGGCUGCACGAGAUGUUCCUCGCAACAUAUGAGCAGCUGAACACACCACUUGGCAGAGACCAAGUGCACUCAUCGCUCGAACAGCCAUUUUUGGAACGUCUCUGGCCCUAUCUUUUGCCUCUAUUCAGGUUGAUUAACAAAUCUAAGGAAACACAGUUGGCAAAAGCGAUGACAGCAUACAUGGGGGCCAAACCUGAUGAUAUGUUUGUGGGAGAAAACCUCUGCCUCUAUGGCCAUGAGUCUGUUCCAUAUAGCUCAGCAAUCUGUGAACUGCAGAGAGUCGUGCAUUUGAUCUGCCCACUCAGCAAGCUGGAAUGUGUAGUACACGUAAUCAAGAUCAUAUGCCACAGCGUAGACGAGUAUUAUACUGGGAAAGCCUCCCAAAGUCCUACUGUUGGUGCAGACGAUCUGGUUCCGGUUCUUGCAUAUGUGGUAGUGAACACAGGACUUCCACAGCUUAUCUCUGAGUGUCAUGCGAUAGAGGAAUUCAUUCACGAGGGCUAUUUAAUGGGAGAGGAAGGCUACUGCUUGAUCUCUCUACAGACUGCACUUGGCUACGUUGCAUCACUCAGUGAAAAGUUGUAGGUGUCAAUGUACUCGUUUCCUUGACCUUUACUCUUCUCAUAAUCAUGUCAACGGUCAGUUAAUCAAUAGUAGACAAUCGACUGUCAGACAAUCGUACAAGGAAGCCUAUUAUGAUUACAUGCACUAACAACGAACAAUCAACUAUAAAUUGCAUUAUUUUUUCCCAUUUUGAUUUUUUAAAUGUUUGUUUGUAUAUUGAAUCCGAUUACACAUUGUCAACUUCUCUAUAUUUAUGUUCUUAUCAUUCACAGCAAAACACCUGUGCUCUGCCGUGUGGAUAAGGAAUAUGUCUAGUAAUAGUUGUCUUGAUCUUCAAUUUACAAUGAUUUUGAUGUGUGCAUGUUAUUAUGUUAUUAUGUAUCAAACAAUUGUAUGCAAUAAUAAAAAUCUCACUUCCAUUUCCAUUUUCUCCACCUCCAUUUCCAUUUUCUCCACCUCCAUCACUCGUUUCUUUUCACCCUCCCUUUUUUCUCUCGCUCUCUCUGCCUCGCUCCCUCCACCUCAAUUCUAUUUCUUUUCCCCUUAUUUCGUCCCCUGUCUUCUAUCUAGUCUCUUUCUGUCAUCCACUUCCCAUCUCAUUAUAUAAAAUAGAAAACUAUAAAAUUGUCGAUUUAUAUAUAAAUGAGAAAUAAUUUAUUGUGAUAUUACAGCUAGGAAUCUAUUUGCUUGGUAGAUUUUACAUUGUUAUUUAAUAAACGAUUGAAAUGGCUGUAUAAUUCAACAGCCACAGGGAAAACAUUGAUCUUCAUCUGUUUCAUCUUAGUUUAUAUUUCAUAGACAUAUCAUAGACUAUACCAACACUGUGAAAAUGAUCUGUUCGGCUUUGAAACACGCACGUUGCACAAGCAGGUGAUUUUUUUUAUCCCAAAAAUCUUAGUGAAAUGGGGAAGUAGCUGCAGAAAACCUGUUGGUCACUAAAGAUGUCAUUUGUUCGACAUCACUUGAAAUACAAAGAAUGCUACGCCAUUAUACUUAUUUGAAAUUUACAUUUGAAAUUGUAUCCUUGCAUCCUUCAUUAAAUAGAAAAGUUAAGAUAUUUUAAAAAGAGAUUUAAAGAAAAAAGUACAUACAUCACAGCUAAUAUUCAAAUACCAAUAGAAAAUCGUAUUUUUUCAAUAAAGAAAUAAGCAUGAUAGGUUGCCAUUAGAAAAGCAAUGUUACUAUAUCCUUCGGCCAAUUACUUAAAAGAAACUGCUAGCACCCUUGCCCCUGACACAUGCCCCUUGACCAGUAUGUUCUAAGCUGAAGAUGGUGAAAGUAUUCUUUUACUAUGACACUAUCUUAUAAGAUCAACAACGUAACGUCUCAUAUGUGUUAUAUAUCACGAGCAAUGGAUGACACCAUUACUAUUUCUCUUGUCACUUCAUGCAAUGGAAAUAUGACCAUGCCAAAAUAUGAUGAUUCUGGAUUAUUUUCUGGAACAGCUUAAGUUGUGGCAACUGCCGUUUAUUAUACUAUUUUAAACAAAUAAAUUGGAUUUCCACAUGA